AUGGACAUGAGAAAUGAGUCUGCUAUGGAUGGUGAAUCAAGCAAAGGAAUGAAUAAGCAUGUGGUUCCCGUUCCUCACGUUCCUAAAACUAACAAUGAACAAGCACCCUCAGCUGAUGAAGUGAUUUCUGAUCAUCAAAGGCUGCUGGAAAGACUGGAAUUAUAUUAUCUAGAAGAGAAUGAGGUGAAAGGAGAUGGCAAUUGUCAGUUUGGUUCUCUAUCAGAUCAACUCUAUGGUGAUCCCAAGCUCCAUGAGCUUAUAAGAGAAAAGGUUAUCGAACAGCUCAAGUCUCAACCACGACUUUACGAAAAUUUUGUCCCUAUGUCUUAUGAUGAAUAUUUGAAGAAAAUGAGCAAGGUUGGAGAAUGGGGUGAUCACGUGACAUUGCAGGCUGCAGCAGAUCGGUUUGGCAUAAGGAUAUUUUUAAUUACUUCGUUUAAGGAUUCAUUUUUCAUUGAGAUUCUCCCCCGCAUUCAGAAGUCCGAGAAAGUUCUUUUGUUGAGCUUUUGGGCAGAGAUCCAUUACAACUCAGUUUAUCCAAAAUCAGAUGUGCCUGCAUCUAGAAAAGGGAAAGACAAGAAAGGAUCAACUUCCAUUCAAUCCAAACAUGCAGAAGAUAAACACCGAAGUGAUGAGAGCCAGACUCAACAUCGUAAAAGACUUGCCUGGUGGGAAAAGUAUGUUCCAUUUCUUAGACAACAAGCAAAGCCGGCCAAGUCUUUAGAGAAUAAUUGUCGGAAAGAAUUUGGGAAAGACAUUUAA